AUGAAAAGACUGAAAGUACAUAUCGCUCGACUAAAGUUUAAUAAUUCUGAAAAGAAUACUGAUGCAGCUGCUGAUCGGGCUUGGAGAGGAAAGCAACUCUUCCGCUUGGCCAUGAAGAACUAUAAAAAAGCAAUAAAACAAUUUCACAUUGAUGGUUCAGAUUUAGAUGUAGAAUUAACUCUAUCGACGUUUCGACGUGAACAUCAAAUUGAGAUACAAGCAAAUUCAGAAAACAUUGAACUGUUAAAAGUAUUGAAUGAACGUGAAAUUGAAACGAAAGAAUAUGUUCGCUUACAUAAAUUUGAUAUUUUUAAAUGUUUUCGUUCACAAUCAUUUCGACAACGUUUAGAGGAAGAUCGGAACAAACUGCCUCAACAUUGUCGAGCAAAUAUUCCGGGCUUUUUAGAAACACUUGGUCAUGUCGACGAGUUAUUUAAAGAACGAAACGUUACUAAUCCGAACGAAAACUUUGAAAAUCUUUUAGAAAAUGUUAUCAAUCAUCUUUGGGAAAUUCCUGCAGAUCCUUUAUUGACAGUAUCCGAGACAACUUGUGCCAAUGCAUCAUCUUUAACAACGACUUCGGACGUUGCACAUCCAGUAAUAAGUAAAGAGGAGUAA